AUGGAUAGCAAAAUUAAAAUAACCACUUUGGCUAAUGAAAAUCUAUAUGUAGAUAAAAGCAUAAUCCUUGAAUCUCCUAUUUUGAAAGAGGCUUAUGACAAAUCAGAGAACGGUGAAAUAAUUAUUGAUUUUCCUUUUGAUAUUUUGGAAAUAGUCUUUGCCUUCUAUGAGAACCAUAAACAUGAAAAGGAAAUAGAAAUCAAGGCACCACUAAACAAAUAAUCUAACUUCUAAAAUUUUAUCGACAAAAAGGAUUAUCAGAUGCUUGAAAAACUAUGCUUAAAUAAAUAAUAAUAGUUAAUCCAAACCUGCAAUCAUUUACAAUACAAUUAAUUGAUGAAAAUCACAUGUGCAUCCUUAGCCAAUAAAUUAUAAUACAUGGACACAGGAGCAAUCCGAUAAAUGUUUAAUAUUUAAUAGGAUUAAAGUAAGGAACAAUUAGAGAGAAUUUCUAUGGAAAAUAAAUGGUUGAAAGAAUGA